AUGCCUGGUUCCAACUUCUUUGCUUCAUGGGACUUCACUUCUGAUCCUUGUAACUUCGCUGGAGUGUAUUGUGAAUCAGACCGGGUGAUCGCUCUCAACUUGGGUGAUCCCCGUGCAGGCUCUCCUGGUCUAAUAGGCCGCCUCGACCCUGCCAUCGGCAAGCUCUCUGCUGUGACUGAACUCUCUGUCGUUCCAGGUCGAAUAAUGGGUUCUCUCCCGCAAUCAAUCUCCCAAUUAAAAGACCUUCGCUUUCUAGCUAUCAGCCGGAACUUCCUCUCCGGCGGAAUACCGGCAACUCUAGGCCAGUUACGCAACCUCAAAACACUUGAUCUCAGCUACAAUCAGCUCACCGGAGAUAUCCCUCAUUCUAUCGGUACCAUACCAGGGCUCUCCAACGUCAUUCUCAGCCACAACCGCCUCUCUGGUUCGGUCCCACCAUUUCUCUCAGAAACCCUGACCCGACUCGAGUUGAAACACAACGAUCUCUCUGGUUCUAUUUCGCCAACCUCCCUCCCUCCUUCGGUCCAAUACCUUUCUCUUUCCGGGAACCGCCUUACCGGUCCAGUCGACCUGUUAUUGAACCGGCUCGACCGGUUAAACUAUCUGGACCUGAGUAUGAACCAAUUCUCGGGUUACAUUCCAAGCCGUAUUUUCACAUUCCCAAUAACCAACCUUCAAUUGCAGAGAAAUUCAUUUUCCGGUCCGGUUCAACCGGGUGGUCAGGUGACAAUACCAACUGUUGAUCUUAGCUACAACAGAUUGUCGGGUGGAAUAUCGGCCAUGUUCUCAACCGUACAGAACCUGUACCUGAAUAAUAACCGGUUCACAGGGCAGGUUCCGGGUAGUUUUGUGGACCGGUUAAUGGAAGCGAGUAUCCAAGUUCUGUAUUUGCAGCAUAAUUACUUAACGGGAAUACAGAUUAAUCCAACGGUUGAAAUUCCUUUGAGCAGUUCACUGUGUUUGCAGUAUAACUGUAUGGUACCGCCCGUACAGACUCCCUGCCCGUUGAAGGCUGGCAAGCAGAAGACUAGGCCUACUGCACAGUGCAACGAAUGGAGGGGGUAA